AUGAGCCGUUUCCGAAACGUCAGCCAUGUAUCCAUUCAGACCUUCUAUUCCAGCUAUUAUUGGCUCGAUUUCAUCAUUGACACGAUUUGUUGGAGUAUAGACAGUCUGGCAAGACUCGAACUUGCGACGGGUCGACCACAAUCGCUUUCACGCGGCUCACUUUUCCCAUUAACUCGGCGGGACUCAAACUCAUGUCAUUUGCGUCAAAUGACGGCACAUUAUCACUCACAACUGCCAGUUGGUCGCUGGACGGAUGGCUUCUUUACGGUGGACCAGUUCCUUUCUGACUGGCAACUUUAUAGCUUCCGCUUAUAUGCAGGUACGCCUGACAGCACUACUUACAUUCGAUUUGACAUGAACCUUAGUGACGGUUCGGCGAAAUGGGUCGCGAAUCAACGCAAACGGGAAACUCCAAAUGAGCCACGAGGCCAUUCGGUUGCUGAGGGAAAUCGGCGCCCUGUUCACGAACCAGGCCUGCCGUCGACGAGCAAAAGAGAAGAGAAUGCACUCACAUUUUCAGUCGAGCAAUUGACAAUAUUUAUACAUAUAAAGGAAAAUGUUUAA